AUGACGUCCAUCAAGGUGUCAUAUAAAUCCACCGUUCGUCGUUUCACAAUUCCCGAUACCAUAACUUGGUCAUAUCUCGAAUCAAAACUUCGAUUAUUAUUUUCUUUACCGUCCACUUUACAAUUUACCCUUUCUUACAAGGAUGAGGAUGGGGAUAUCAUUACUUUAUCAACCGAUUUGGAACUUCAAGAAUAUUUAUCAUCUCAAUCACCUCAAUCUACUUUGAAAUUCUCCCUUAAUCCGGAAAAGUCAAACAACUUCGCUGUUGAUACGUUCUCGAGCAAUGCGUCGGAAAACGAAUUUUUUCCAGUUGAGAGGGAGAAAUAUUUUCUUGAAGAUACUUAUAAAAAAGCCGAUAAACAUGUCACUGUGAUGGAUUCCGCCGAUGAUGAAUCUUCUACCACUUCAGCCUCAAAAGGCAAGCAAAAGGAGGAAUCACCUGCCGAACCUUCAACUUCCGCUUCUAACGAACAACAACAACAAGAGGAGAAUGAACAACCUUCUCCUAAUAAUGAAGAGCAACGAGCUCCAUUCAUUGAAUUGGCCGAACAAUUUCAGCAAUUACAUGAUCAAUUUAACGAUGUCUUUACAAAGAACCCUCAAUUGGUUGAACAAGCUAACACCAUCAUGGAUAAAAUCUUACAAAAUGUUCCCGUAGACAUCAAUCAAUGGGCUCAAUGGUUGAACACUUUUCGUUCGGAAGGUGAUCUUCCAACUCAAGGAAGGGAAACCAACAAUAAUUCACGAGAAGGGGGACAACAGAGAACCAAUGAUUUUGGUCAAUUUGGUCAAUUUCCUACUUUAUUCCAAUCUCCUCAUGAAAUACUUUCAAACCCUUGGAUUCAAAGAGUCAUUCAAGAUGUAUCAGCCAAUUGUCAGAGAGGUUUCGGUAAUUUCUCAAGACCUACGGGGUUUAACGGACCUUGGAAUUCCAACCGUGAUUGUCCAUAUCAACAACAACGACGACAAGAAGAAUUAAGUCAAGAAACUUUAAAAGAAAAGAUCAACUCACUUCAUGCAAUGGGAUUUUGGGAAGAUGAUGUAAAAAACGAGGAAUUAUUAAAAAGGUAUAAUGGUAAUAUCGAGAGAGUUGUCGAAAUUUUAAUUAGGCAAAAUGCUGAACGAGUUGAUGAUUCUUAUGAAAUACUUAAUCCUGUGGAAAAUGUUGGUCAUUAA